UGAACAAAAGAAAUUAGGCCAGGCCCGUCCAAACAUAUGGGCUGGCCCGGCUUCUCUAAGAUCCCAAUAGCCCUUCAAAUGGCUUCGUCACUGUAAAUGAAAAAACGAGGACCAAAAGUAUUGCACACAACAGAGUGAGAUGGCAGACGUGCAGAGAAGAAGGGGUCCACCGCCUCCUCCUCCGGGAAGAGGUCCACCGCCGCCUCCCGCGGCCAGGCCUGCUCCUCGUGUUGAACCUGUCGACCGUGAGAAGACUUGCCCGUUGUUGCUUCGCGUUUUCACCAAGGUAGGAGGUCAUCAUACUGAUGAUGAUUUUGCUGUGAGGGGCAAGGAACCCAAAGAUGAGGUCCAAAUUUACACCUGGAUGGAUGCUACUUUACGUGAACUAACUGAUCUGGUUAAAGAGGUAGCUCCAGAAGCAAGAAGAAGAGAUGCUGUUCUGUCUUUUGCUUUUGUCUAUCCCGAUAAACGUGGUCGGUUUGUGGUUAGGGAGGUGGGGAGAACAUUUUCUUACCCUAACCCAAGACGGCCUGACAGUGGAAACAAAGCCUUGGGUGAUCUUAGUUUUCAGGUUAUGGCGAUUAAGAGAGGAUUAUUAUCUGGUGCGGGCAUCAACAGGAGCAAAGGCUCUGGAUCUCGCUUUCACAUUGCCGUCCUCGUCUUCAUCUUCUCUUUCCUCGGUUUCUCCCUUUUAUUCUUCGGCCGCGGCAUCUUUACACCGGCAACCUCGGUUCCAGUUAACCAUUCUGUGAUUAUGUCCCUUUGGGUUGAUAUCAUGUUCUUUGAGUCGAUCGAACAUUUUCUCGAUCUUGUUAUUCUUUACGAAUGCGAAGAUGAAUUAUCAGUUAUUUCUACCAGACAGAUAACGAGGAAGAACUAUUUAAAACAGGACCUUACUUGGAGAGAGAAGCUCGCAUUAAAACAUCUUAAAUCUUUAUUCUCUAAAGAGGUAAUUGAUGUCAUUAAUGCCAGCACAGAUGAAUUGGGGCCUUUAGAUGUCAAUUUUUUCCGGAAAAAUGGGUUGCCUGCAUCUUGGAAAAUUGUUGGGCAUGAAUCUAUAUCUAAUGCCACUUAUUCUGAGUCCACUGGAGCAUCCUCAAAAACAAAGCAAGAGGCAUCUGUAGUCAAAGAGGGCAAUACUUCAAAUGAGGAUAAUUCUGUAUUUUUUGAGACACCGGCUAAGCUGGUCAGAAGGCAAUUAAGAGAAAAAAGACGCGAGAAGCGCGCUGCUGAUUUGGUUAAGCAAGAUGAUGAAGUGACUGUAAAGCUUGAAAAUGCAGCUAUCGAACGUUCUAAAUCAGUUGACUCGGCUGUACUGGGGAAAUAUAGCAUCUGGAGGAAAGAAAACGAGAAUGAAAACUCUGAUUCAAAUGUCCGCCUGAUACGAGAUCAAAUGAUUAUGGCAAGGGUGUAUAUAAGUCUUGCAAGGAUGAAAAAUAAGCUUGAUUUGGCCAAUGAAUUGCAAAACCGGCUCAAAGAAAGCCAGCGGUCAUUAGGAGAGGCAACUGCUGAUUCUGAUUUACAUCACAGUGCACCGGAAAAAGUUAAAUUGAUGGGGCAAGUGCUGUCUAAAGCAAAAGAGCAAUUGUACGACUGCAACCUGGUCACAGGGAAGCUAAGAGCCAUGCUCCAGUCUGCAGACGAGCAAGUUAGGAGUCUAAAAAAGCAGAGCACGUUUCUUAGCCAACUAGCUGCAAAGACAAUCCCGAAUGGGCUCCACUGUUUAGCAAUGCGCUUAACAAUAGAUUAUUACCUCCUUCCACUAGAGAAAAGAAAGUUUCCUCAGAGUGAGAAUCUGGAGAAUCCAAAUCUGUACCACUAUGCCCUCUUCUCUGACAACGUUCUUGCUGCUUCAGUAGUGGUCAACUCAACCAUUAUGAAUGCCAAGGAACCUGAGAAACACGUUUUCCAUCUUGUUACCGAUAAGCUAAAUUUUGGCGCAAUGAAUAUGUGGUUUCUCUUGAACCCUCCCGGUAAAGCCACAAUCCAUGUCGAGAAUGUUGAUGAGUUCAAGUGGCUCAACUCAUCCUACUGUCCAGUCUUACGCCAGCUGGAGUCUGCUGCAAUGAAAGAAUAUUAUUUUAAGGCAGCCCAUCCAACCACACUUUCCGCCGGCUCAUCUAACCUCAAGUACAGGAACCCAAAGUAUCUUUCAAUGCUUAAUCAUCUGAGGUUUUAUCUCCCUCAGGUUUAUCCGAAACUGGAUAAGAUUCUCUUCCUAGAUGAUGACAUUGUUGUUCAGAAAGACUUGACCGGGCUCUGGUCGGUUGAUCUGCAUGGGAAAGUAAAUGGUGCGGUCGAAACUUGUGGCGAGAGCUUUCACCGGUUUGAUAAAUAUCUGAAUUUUUCGAAUCCUCACAUUGCCAAAAACUUCGACCCAAAUGCUUGUGGAUGGGCGUACGGGAUGAACAUGUUUGAUCUCAAGGAGUGGAAAAAGAGGGAUAUAACUGGCAUAUACCACAAAUGGCAAAAUAUGAAUGAAGAUAGGGUGCUCUGGAAACUCGGAACUCUACCUCCAGGUUUAAUGACCUUUUAUGGCCUCACUCAUCCACUUGACAAGUCAUGGCAUGUGCUUGGUCUGGGUUACAACCCAAGCGUAGAUCGUUCGGAAAUCGAGAAUGCAGCCGUUGUACACUACAACGGCAACAUGAAGCCCUGGCUUGAGCUGGCGAUGACAAAGUACAAGCCAUAUUGGACAAAGUACAUAAAAUAUGACCACCCGUAUAUACGCAACUGCAAACUAAGUGAAUGAAAGCGAACAGAGGUGGAAAGGGGGAAUGGGAAGGGAUUAAGGCGUGUUGAAAUGGUCGAGGCAAGUUUUGUGUUUUGGCCAUUCAUGAAAUCGUGCAUUUGUCCAUGAAAUUUAAUCCAAUUUAGCAAUUCUUGAUGUUGAGAAACUCGAAAGUGAGAAAUCCGGGAUUGUAUUGCUGAUACCUGUUAGUGUUUGUUCGUUUAUGUUAGUUAUGAAAAUGAGAUGUUUAUUAGUUGAAGAAGCUGAAGUUACUAAUGUAUUCUUUGAACGUACUUGGUUAACUAGAGUUCAAAUGUAACUGGACUUGAAUGGAUACUAUCCUUUGAGCAAAGAAUUUUAAUGAUGGUUGUUCUUUUUUGUUCCA